AUGGCCCAUGUCCGAGAUUGCCCUGAAUUUCACCUUGAUCGUUCUGAUUCCAAGAAUCCUUUGACGACGUGUCAAGGUGUUACUUCUGACGGUCGCAAAUGUCGGAGAUCCAUUGUUUCUGCCAAAGACGCUGCGAAGAAGGCAGCAAUCGCCAAGCAGUUAGGCAACAGGACUGCUGGGAAGGCUGAAGUACCAGCGGAAGAUCUCUUCUGCUGGCAACAUAAAGAUCAAGCAUAUUUUCUUAAAAAGAAAGGAGCCCCUACAACCCAAGUUCGUGGAAGAUCAAGCAUUGAUUCCCUAGCCGAGAAAGUCGGUAUUUUAAAUAUGGGUGACGGAAAACCAUCAAAUACCAAGGGACCAAAGCCGCAACAUCCUGCCCCUCCUUCUCGUCCGGAAAGGCGAGUGCGCGAUGGGACUCAGGCCCAGCAGCGUUCGUCAAGACCUAGCAACGAGACUCCUGCCGUGAGUACUCCUCGCCCCAAAAAGAGGCUAAGUGCUGGGCGACGGUUGUUUUGCUUCAUUACCGGAAUUGAUGAUAGCAAUGGCACCGUAUUGAACGUUCGUCGGCGACCAGAACAAGCUCGACCUGCCCCCCAACUCGAACCUCAAGUUGCCAGGAUGCCUCCUCGCUUUCAACCGCAGCAUGCAAAAUGGCCAACGACUGCCCAGACACACAGGCCACACUCUGAGAUUCCACAAAUAAUAGAGCCAGCUGAAUACCGAGCCCAGAAGCAAAAUCAGAGACAGAGCAUGCCGGCUGACACGUCCUCACGGCCGUCUAUGCUAGGACAACACAGUUCCUCCUCGUCACAAACGCAGUCCCUACUCUCCUGGAUCCCAACAUCACUCUCACCAGAAACCACAUCCAAACUACUCCAGAAACUCUCUGAACCUCUUUCUUCCUCUGAAGAAGCGGGGUAUAUUUACAUCUAUUGUGUUACACCGAAUUCAACAGCCCCAUUACCGGAUAUUGCACCUUUUCUCGUCCCACAUCGUACUGAAAUCGGCCCACCAACUACCGAAAUCAUGCAGUCAGCUGGAAUAUCCCUUAAUCGUGUUCGUAAUGACAAUUUAGCCCGAGUUGCGAGCACCAUUACCCUCAAAAUUGGGCGUGCUGUCAACGUAUCUCGUCGGUUAACUCAGCAAUGCGCACAAAACCUUACCCUAGUUCGAUAUUACCCGUACUCGCCCCCUUCGUCAAAUGUACCACCGCAAAAGGCGCCGAAUGUUCACCGGCUAGAAAGGCUCAUUCAUAUUGAACUAGGUGACAGGAGGUUUAGAUUACAAGAUCCUUGCAAACAGUGCGGGAAGCGACACCAAGAAUUUUUUGAGAUUGAAGCCGAUAGGGAGCAGCUGAAGAUGGUAGACGAGUGUGUUAGGAGAUGGGUUAGGUUCAGCCAGCUAGACCCGAGCAGGUGA